AGUCAUUCGCUAGUCGGCGCUUAUUUCAAUAUGGCCUCGUUUAAAAUACACGCGUUCUUUAUAAUACCGAUUUCAAAGAGUUGAUGGCAGUUUGUUGAGAUAACGCACGAUCGAUUUUGAAUAAAACUGAUUAUUGGCAUGCAUCCUAGGUUUAUGUCCCAAGAUCAAAGUGAACAGUAUUCUCUAGUGAUGCAGGUACAAAAUAUAUUUGCUUAUUUUCUACUGCCUGUCGUAUUAUGUACAGCGCACGUGCAAGACACUGCGCAACCGGAGCCAAUCAACGUCGAAGAUUCAUUGAAGGGUGAAAUUGUUCGAACUGAUCUAAACGAACUACUGUUCAAGGAACUCUUUGCCAGGCGUCGUGGUGAACAUUUAGGGGUUGUUAAAGAAUUACGAAAACUGGAAAAUUAUGAACGUCAAUAUAAAAUGAUUACAGUUUUGGCGGAAAGACUAUUCUUUGUCAUCCGAUUAAGUAGAGGCAUUCUAGAAACUGCUGGUUUCGAACCUGGGAAUACCUCGUUUCCAGAGGAUAUUAACUUAAGAGAUGCUCUAUCUAACAUUCUGGAGAACACAGCUCUAUUCGGAGACAUAAUAUUACAUCUGCCUGAUGUAAGCCAUAGAGUUUUAAAUACACAGCAGCAAUGGAAUACAAUGAUGCAAUGGUCUCUGGAUUUUGUUAAUCGUACCCAACAUUUGCUGGAUAAAUCGACCAUUACAAUGAUACACUUGGUUAGACAAGAGCUCAAUAUUACUACAAGAGAUCCCGGAUACUUCAACCCAUACUGGUCGACUGCAAGUGGAGGAUCCAAGGAGAGUGAGGAGUUUCAGGUUCCAAUAAAUUGUGUCUCCUUCAUUAGUAGUGGAGACGGUAGAAAGUGGUCAGCCAAUGGUUGGUCGUUGAGGUGGCGACGGGUGCACCGUGAAAGAGGGAUCCUGAUGUCUUUGCCGACAAUUCUGGCCAGUGUUGGGAGAGCUGUUCUUCCUAUUAGUUGUUAA